AUGGCAAAUUUCUUGGUCCGUGAAACCCUGGGAUAUGAAGAGUUUUCUGAAGCUCGUAUUCGGCUAUGGGAAGAACAGACCGGUAUUGAUCCUGCUGAAAGAAAUUUUGGUUUGCCACCUAUUUCUGAAUGGGAUUGGUGGGAUGAUGACUAUGAGUAUGGCUAUAUGGGGGGCAUGGAUGUCACUACUGGUGAUGCGGAACAUCAGCAUGAUCCUGCGGCUACUGCGGCAGCUGCAUCCUCUCCUGAGCAAGGCGCUGAACCUCCUGUAAGUGCGGCUCCAGGCUCCUCACCGAGUCAUCGAGUUGGUGCGGCCUCUGAGCAUUCUGCGCCAGGACCUGUAAGUGAUCCGGGAAAGCCCAAAAUACCCCAAGAUGUUUCAGAAGUUUCUUUGGCAGACUCCUUCAUCAUGGGUGUUCUACGUGGUUGGCGUUUGUUGAAGGCUGCAAGCCUCACCCCAGAAGAAACUAGAGACAUUUUAUCCACUACUCAAAACAAAUUGGACUUCGAAGCCAUCAGCCAAGCCUUGUCUGCACUUUGGGACGAACAGUUGCUUGGCCACCGAUAUUCACAACAUGCUGGACGUCAUGGAAGUUCUAACAAUGCUCUAUGGCAUGAAUGGCAUGAUGAUGGAUGGGAUGAUGGCUAUGAGAUUAACUAUGAUGAAAUGUGGACCUGGGGAAACGAUGAUGGUUGGUGGAAUGAUGGUCAAUAUCAUGAUGAAUGGCAUGAACAUGAAUGGCCCGACGAAACCUCCUCUGCCAAGGAAGUUCAGACUACCUUGUCACCCGACGAGGAAGAGCGACUUCAAGAUGCUCUUCAAGCUGAACAGGUUGCUGAGCAGUUAGCUGCCGAAGCAAGGCGCACUUGGCAAGAGGCCCAGAAAACAACCCAACAACUGAAACGUGAUCGAGGUUUUGGACAUGUCAACACUGUCAACAAUGGUCGUUGUUUCAAUUGUGGUGGUAACCAUUUGGUUAGGGAUUGUCCUGAUAGACGUCAUGGGAACUACCCCAAGGGCAAGUUUUCUGGGAAGGGCAAGGGCAUGUUUUGGAGCUCGAAGGGCAAGAGUCCUUACCAUUCGAAAGAUGGCAAUGGCAAGGGCUUUAACAAGAACCCCGUGAAUGCCUACGCACUCUAUGGCAUGGAACUGGCCUCAACGACGAAGGCAUCAACCAGCACUGGCUCUAGCUCUUUGGCUUCCCAAGCUCAUGGCAUGCUGGACUGCGGAGCAACUGCCUCUGCAGCACCUGAAGUUUCUGCACAGGAGCUGGUGAUAGCUGUUUUGUCUCACGAUCGACAGGCGACUGUGAACAUCUUCUCAGCGCAGCGGCCAUACUUUCGCUUCGGCAAUGGGAAGUGGGGCAGAGCUAGGUACAAACUGGAAAUUUGUUCGGAUGUUUCUGGUCAAAAGAAAACGUUUUCAUUGUAUGCACUUCCAAAUCCAAUUGAGUUUUACCAGCCCAACUUUGACAAGUCACAGCUCGAGAAGCUGAACAACAAAGUUCAGUACCUGCUGGAAAAGCCCAACGUCGAGAACUCCUUGAAGGUUCCAAAGUCCAAGGCAGCUUCAAAGAAUGUGGAGAAGAAGAUGGUUGUCACCAUGGGCUACAUGGACCAGAGCUCACCGAUGACAAGUCCUUCCGACAGCAGCUGGGAUCCGAUUCUGGAUUCACCAGAUCGUCGCAACUUGGAGGACUUCCUGACCGAACAGGUCAUGAAGAUGGUGACGAUGAUGACGGCAACUAUGAGUCACCUCGCCUUGCAGAUUGCCAUGGAUGGACGUGAAUGUCUAUGGGAGAUUGCAUGUGCUGACAACAGUUGGCUGACUCAAGCGGCUCUCAACCAUGGUCUACCUGCCAGAAGGAUCAACUAUAAGCAAGGUUUUGACCUCUACAAGAAGUCUGCAUGGAUGGAGAUGGAACGCCUGCGGAAGAUCAAGCGUCCCAAGAAACUUUGGCUCUCACUACCGUGCACUCAUUGGUGUCAAUGGACCAAUGUCAACUACAACACUGAUGAGCGCAAGGCGGUCCUCGAAGAUCUUCGUCGACGAGACCGUCGAAUGAUGCACUAUGCCAAGGACUUCAUCCUCAAUGCUGUUGAUGACGACCCAGACAUUGAUGUGUACUGGGUUUGCCCUCGAAAUCAUCAACAUGCUUUCAUACAGGGGAUUGAAACAGCUCGCUCUGCAUACUAUCCAGUGCGGAUGGUGGAAGCAAUUGUGCGGCAUUGGAAGAACCAACUUGCUCCUCAACGUCAUGUACAAGCUUUGACUUCUCCUGACGCUGUGGUGAACUCCAAGCAUGCAGAGUGUGAUGUGAAGUGGACUCAACGUCUUCAAGCUCUACCUGUUGAAGAAGUUCUUCCUCCUGUACCUGAUGAUGGUGAUUUGUCUGACGGCUAUGAACCUUCUAUACUUGAAGCUCCUCAACAUGGACAUCCAUCAAAUCGGAACUUGAUCCACCUUUUCCGAGAUGCUGGACUUCCCAAAUGGAAGAUUGAAAUGGCUCGCGAUUUUCGAUGUGAUGCUUGUGAUCGACUUCUACAAGGCAGCAAAAGCUCAGGUGAAGUACCAAGGGCGUCAACACACCCUUUGUGCAAGGCAUGGGAAAUCGUUGGAGCUGAUUCCAGCGAAUGGCAUGUUCCCGACCAGAAGAUCAAGAUCAAAUUCAUUUUGCUCAUUGACUUUGCCACCAAACUACGUGCGGUGCAUGUGGUGAAAUCGUAUGGACUUACGCAAAUGUUGUCCGAAAGUUCUGAAGAUGUCAUCAAGGCGAUUGCUGAAAAGUGGCUGGCCGAUAAGCCGAAACCCCGACUUAUUGUGCCUGACAACUCCUCUGUCUUCAGGGCCACCGACGUGAACGAGUUCCUCACCAAUGUGGGCAUCCAACUUAGCCUGCCGGCUGAGAAGGAAUCAUGGGCUCAUGGACUUGUUGAAUCAGCAAUCAAAGAUGUGAAGAUGACGGCUUCUGCAAUUCAACUUGGACAACCAACUCUUCCUCCUGGAGUUUCUCUUCAACUUGCGUGUGCGGCUCUCAACAGUACUGAGUAUACCAAGGGCUAUUCCUCUUUUCAGUGGUGCUAUGGCAAGGACUACACCAUAACCGAUGAAGAGAUCAAUGAAUGUGAGCAUCCAGACCUACCUGAUCGACCUGAUGAAUCAACGGCUGUGCCUGCAGCUGUUGCCAAGAAGGCCAAGAAGGUUUUCCAGAAAGGCGUCACUUUUUCUGAUCCUGCACUUCAACCACGUUCCAAGAUCGUUGGCAAGAAAUCCUUGACUCCAGAUGAACUACACCAGCCAGAUGAUGGACUUUUGGACUUUUACCAUCUGGUUGUUGACAAUGACUUGGAUUGCCUCUCCAUGCAGUUUGACUUGGACUUUGUGUCAAACCGGCAGUUCAAGAAUUUCCUCAGAAGCCCCACUGCGUAUCUGGUCAAAAAGAUGCGUGACUCUGAAGUGGUUCUCAGCAAAUUGUCUCCUCAACAUCGUGAACUUUUUGCACGUGCCAAGGGGAAAGAAAUUGACAGCUUCCUCAAGAAUGAAGCAGUGAAAGCCUGCCACCGAAAUGAAGAAGUUCGAGAAGCCAUGGGCAGUGGACGCAUUGUCCGCGCUCGUUGGGUGUUAACCUGGAAACUUGUGCCUCCUGAAGAUCAAGAUGAAGCGCGACAAGAUGCCUCAACGAAUCCUUCCACAACACAUACUUCAGAUGGUCUCAAGAAGGCGAAGGCACGAAUUGUGCUACUAGGUUUUGAACAUCCUGAGAUUGGCAAUGUGGACUACAAAACGUCCUCACCUGUGCAGUCUAUGUUGGCUCGCAACUUGCUCUACCAGGCCACUUGUCAACACUCGUGGCAACUUGAAGGUUUGGAUUUAGCAACUGCUUUUCUCCAGACGGCUCCUACGUCCGCUGAUGCCAACUUGUGGACUUAUGGUGUAGCUGAACUUCGCACAGCACUUGGGUUGGACAGCAAUGGCAUCAUGAAAGUCAUGCGUAACAUCUACGGUAGCACUACUGCUCCCCGUGGACUAUGGCUCGACCUGCACAAGACCCUCACUGGACUUGGCGGAUAUCCUGCCUUGGGUGAAAGAUGUCUCUGGGUUUGGUAUGAUGAAGACCCUGAGACCAAGCAACCCUUCACCAUUGGCAUGAUGGGCGGCCAUGUGGAUGACUUUCACCGAACUGGUGACUCAAACAAUGCAAAGUGGAACGAAGUUUGCAGAAAAAUAGAUGCAGCGUACCGAUGGGGAACAACCAAACACUCUGCAUAUCGUCAUGCUGACACUGACAUUCAGGUGAAGCGCGACAACGAUGGCGACCUUGUCAUCACCGUCAACCAGCAGUACUAUGUGGACUCCCUGCCGGACCUUGGCAUCUCUGCAGAUAGAUUACGACAAGAAGAUGCACGAAUGACCUCUCAUGAGAUUGCAGCUUGCCGUGGUGCUCUUGGCGCACUACAAUGGCUAGCAAUACAAACUCAGCCACAACUUUGUGCUCGUUGUAAUCUCCUCCUCACUGAAGUCAUUAAGUUUGGGAAGAUGAGUUAUGCCAUGGAAAUUCAACGUAUGAUUGGCGAAAUUCGCCGUGAAUCCUAUGAGCUCAAGUUCUUCAAGCACAAAACUGCGAAGACCUGUGACUAUGACCUGGGCGAUAGUCUGACAAAGAAGCGUCCAGACUGUCGUGUGGGCCUCCAGAAGUUCCUCAAAACAUGGCUGUGGGCUGUGAAAUAUGAUCCACAGUUCAUUGCCUCAAAGAAGAACAAAAAGGAAGGAAAGACAGCGAUCAAUCAGAUCGACGAUUACCUGAGUGGCAAACCUGAUCUUUCUUUCUAUGCUGGUGCAACUGAUCCAUGUCAGGUUCGCCACUACGACUUCAUGUUCGACCACUGGCCCUUGUCUGCAAUGCUUGGCUCAGGAGGGGCCCCUUUUCUUUGA